AUGGACGACCACCUCAGUCUCCUGCAAUCGCCUCCGCCUUCCCUCACCAAGCUCCGGAGCGACAACCUCGUCAAUCACGGAUACACCGAGACCGAGACGGACACCAUGACAAUUGUUGCAUGUGACAACAUGUUGGAGGAGACGGCGGCACUGCCCGGGCACCACUCUUUAGAGCGUUACGAGCCCGACCACGAGUGUUGCGAGAGAGUGGUCAUCAACAUUUCGGGCUUGCGAUUCGAGACGCAACUUAAGACCCUUGCUCAGUUUCCAGAGACCCUACUCGGGGACCCUAAGAAGCGCAUGCGUUACUUUGACCCCUUAAGAAACGAGUACUUCUUUGACAGAAAUCGACCCAGUUUCGAUGCCAUUUUAUACUAUUAUCAAUCAGGGGGGCGUAUCCGGAGACCCGUUAACGUGCCCAUAGACAUUUUCUCAGAGGAGAUACGAUUUUAUGAACUAGGGGAGGAUGCCAUGGAGAAAUUCAGGGAGGACGAGGGCUUUAUCAAAGAAGAAGAGCGUCCUUUGCCCACCAAUGAAUUUCAGAGACAGGUGUGGCUGCUAUUUGAGUAUCCCGAAAGCUCUGGUCCAGCGCGGGGGAUUGCUAUUGUUUCAGUUUUGGUAAUUUUAAUCUCCAUUGUCAUAUUCUGCCUGGAAACGUUACCAGAAUUUCGGGAUGACAGGGACCCCACCACCGUGGCUCCACUUAUUAACGGAACAGCUCCCUACCUCGGGAGCCCUUUCACUGACCCUUUCUUUGUAGUGGAGACACUAUGCAUUAUUUGGUUCUCAUUCGAACUGCUGGUCAGAUUUUUUGCUUGCCCCAGCAAAGCCACGUUUUCCAAAAACAUUAUGAACAUCAUUGACAUUGUGGCAAUCAUCCCUUACUUUAUAACACUUGGCACAGAACUUGUGGAGAGACAAGGCAAUGGUCAACAGGCAAUGUCCUUGGCCAUUCUUCGUGUCAUACGGCUCGUGAGGGUGUUUCGCAUCUUCAAACUGUCAAGACACUCAAAGGGACUCCAGAUUUUAGGUCAAACACUAAAAGCCAGUAUGAGAGAGCUUGGGCUGUUAAUAUUUUUCCUUUUUAUCGGGGUGAUCUUAUUUUCGAGCGCUGUGUACUUUGCCGAGGCAGACGACCCGUCCUCUGGUUUCAACAGCAUCCCUGAUGCGUUCUGGUGGGCCGUGGUCACCAUGACAACGGUGGGAUACGGAGACAUGCACCCAGUCACCAUCGGGGGCAAAAUUGUAGGCUCCCUGUGUGCAAUCGCCGGCGUACUGACAAUCGCCCUGCCAGUCCCCGUCAUAGUUUCAAAUUUCAACUAUUUCUAUCAUAGAGAGACGGAGGGGGAAGAGCAGGCCCAGUACUUGCACGUCGCCAGCUGUCAACCCCUCUCCUCCUCGGAAGAACUCAAAAAGACGCGCAGCACCUCGUCCCUGAGUAAAUCGGAGUACAUGGUGAUUGAGGAGGGCAUCAACAGUGCGUUUAAGCAGCCCAACUUUCCCGCAGAGAACAACCAAAACUGCGUCAAUAUCAAAAAGAUUUUCACCGACGUCUAA